GAGAGAUGCGGUGAUGCUAGGAUGAUGAACUGAGAUAACUGAUGAUGCGAGGGUGAGGUGCGAAGGUGAUGAGUGACGAAGCGAACCAAUCGCAGGCGACAAGAACGCCUCGAAAGCAAGGCUUAUCAUGAUAUUGUGUUUCUAAAUUAUAUUAGAAUAAAUGUCUUUAUUUGAGCUGAUACACCAAAAAAAUGAGGGUUGUCUGUUUGUCCUUGGACUAGCACAUCUGAAGUAGGGUAUCCUGUAGUUAUAUUAGCUCGCUGAUUAAUAAUCAAUUUAUAUCAAUUAAUAGAUAAACAUUCAGUUGGAUUUGGCUUCUAAUACACCUACUACAUAUCACAUUACAAACGGAUCUUUAGAAGACAGUUCAGGUAAUGAUAUGAUCGUCAGACUCUUCUUCUCGUCAUGUUCAUCAUCAACGUAGGUAGUUAUUCUCAUAAGUAGCCGUGAAACAGAAAAUCUCUUCAACACAUGUACGCGUUUCAGCCAUCCCGAUAAUUAGCAGCACCGUGACUACCAUGGGAUUAUACUGAUCAUCGUUUUGAUUCUAGUUUCGAAUUUCUAACGAUCACUGCGUAGACAAUGAUGAGCAUACAAACGUGGUAUCGGAUCUCUUAAUUGCUAAAACACGUGGCUAGCAUCUGUUAUUCAGAUGGAUUCCGCCGAAGUGACAACUUAUUUUGUCACCAUUUUGGUCGAUCCGUGUGUCAAUCAUCGGAUGAGAUCACCGCAGUGGACAACGAAUCUUAACUCGUUGCUCGACUGAAGGUCUCAUGUAGUCUUUCGGUUCUUCAUGGUUCGGUUCUUCAAAUAUCUUCAUGAUUUUACAGCAGUAUGUAUGCAUUUUCCGUAGAAUUGUAAUGGUCGUGGCCAUUUGGGUUAGCUUAUCGCUGUCUCAAAUAAGAAAUAAUCGAUGUGUAGCUUUUAACCGGAUAUGAAGGCGCAGUUUGACACGUCCCUUUAUCAAUAAUAGAACGAAAAUACGUAGCAGAUCAUAUUAUUAGUCAAUUUCGCUCUAAUUAAAUGUAAAGUUAACUGACAAUAUUAAUUGAAUAAAUCAGAAUAGGUCGACCUAUCAUGAUAGUGCUAUAACAACGGAAUUGUUGUAGACAAAUUGCCUUAAAAAUUACUCUUUUUGUCGCUUCACCUAAAAAAUACAUUCAUUUUUAAAGUGUUAGAUGCAUAGCGCCCAAGUCAUUACAACAUUAGCAAUCGAACUCUACCUAAAAUGUGUUUGGGAACAACGCCAUCUUUGUAUCUCUAUAUGGAAACGUAGCGCGGUUUUUAUCUAGUAAUCGUUCGCUUCCUCCAUGAGACACUGCUAAUUUCAAAUAUAUUUAUAGCUCUAACUGGUGUCCAUUGCAUAGUCCAAUCGACUGUUAUGCAUUGACGCAUAUCUUGGCCAGUGAUAUUACGUUUUAUUUCAUUAUUGUCGUCGUUGACGUUUCCUUCUUGCUCUUCGUUUUUCUGUCGCCACCUGAAGUCCUCUUGUCAAUCCACCUUCACCCGCCAAGACCGUAAGCCAUUUCACUUGUCAACUUCUGUUACUUGUAGUAAGUAGUAGUGAGGGUAAUAGUGAAGAUAGCACAUCUAUCCCGACGCUCGAUAGCAUAAACAUUUCGUCUCGCCUUUAAGGAAGGGCGGUGUAAGACGGAAAAAUCGGAACACUUAAAUCGCUGUAAGUAGAGGAAAUUAAAAAAUUCAAUAGCACUCUAGUGCAGUGUCGCAUCGUAUUGAUUUUAUGCUGGCUGGCAGGAUCGGUUUGUGUUAAGCGGCAUCUCGCUAGCUUUCGUUUCCCUCAUCAUACCAACACCUACUGUACUCAGUAGUGGCUCAUAGUGACUGGUGAUCGCGCGAGCUUCUAUUUUCUAUGCCUCUUAGCUGAUGAAGCAACAAACUACGGCAGCGGCAGCUCCGGCACCGAUCGGUACUAGUACUGAAGUAACGGCAUUCCGGCCUUUCCUGGCAAUGCGCCGACUGCAACAGCUACCAGCAGCAAUAGUUAGCGCAGCUUGGCGCCGUCAGUCAGCGUACCGAAUCAUCCCACACGAUCGUCAACGACUGCCUCGACCACUAUCGCAACAACAACUGUAAGAUAUACUCCUUCGAUCUUCUUCAUUGAUGCAUGUACAUAUUACAUGUGGAUUGACGGUUACACACACACACACAUAGUACACAAUGCUUUCAGUACGGUCAGAUACGGUCCAAGUGACUCAGACCGGCACUGCAUAGCCUGCAGCAGGGGCGCCUAAGCGAGUAUAUUAGGCGGGAGAAUCCCCGGAGAUCACGGCGGUCGACACGACAAGAUUGGACGUGUACUGUCUGUGUCUAAGCAUUCUAUGCUAAUAUAUAUAAGCCCAAAUUGUAGCAUCGAGUUAUCAGCAUAGUGGCGCCCUCUUCCCGCUGUAUGACCGUAUUUAGCAAUGCGCGUGUGGGCCUUAUACGGCAGAAGAAGAUCGAUAGUCCAGCACUUUGACUGUUUAACUUACAAUAGAAUACACCUAGGUGGUGGAAGUGCCAAUGCAAUAGAUACUUCACAGUUGUACCACAAUACCAUUGGAUAUUUGUUGCUACUGCUGUACAUGAGUCUUUUACAGUGAAUGUUAUACAUCUAAGAAAAUGCGCGUCGGAAGAUGCGUAUGACGAGAAAAAAUGUCGCUAGAAUAAUUCGUACAUAAGCUGAGGUCUGGAAUUAAACAAGGUCCACUCAUCGAAGUCAUCCCACUUGAGGUUGUCGGGAACAAAUCAGCACGAUGCGACGGUUGCCGACCCUUUGGAUUAGCGACGGUGUUUUACAUCAAAGCAACUAAAUACGUGAAUCUAUGUGCAGCUAUACGGAAAGGACAUGGCAGUGCUGGGGCUCGUGCAAUAACAGUUUCCUGCAUGCAAACGACCCCCAUGAAAAGCGCAGACGAAGAUGAUAUCCUUUGUACGAAUUGAGAACUGUCCCAGUCUGACGUUCAACCUAAUUCUCUUCUUCUGGUGGAUCGGAUUAUGCAUUCUCUACUUUCGUCAACCUCCCGUGCCAAUGCCUGUUAAAAUACAACAGUAUCGUAUAGAGAACUAUUCAGACAAGGAAAGACGUCUACUUCAGCAACAGAACUGCGUUCGUAAUGCUAGGCCCUGCCCCCGGCUUCAAUUCAAUCGUACUGAUGAUCAUCUCGUGGACUUCCCUAAGUUCUGGUCCUACGAAGCUAAUCGGCAGCAGUCGCAAAAAACUACGAAGCAUCCUCACAGUAUCUUCACUCGCUUGUACGUACUAAAUACGACACCUUGUAGUGGAAAGGAAUCUUUGGUGGUUUUAGUGCAUUCGGCGCCUAAUCACUAUGCACAACGCGAUUCAAUUCGCUCGACGUGGGGCCAAGGAUCUCAACGCCUCAAGAAGUUUUGGAUCAAACUUGUUUUCCUGCUUGCCGCUGUCGAGGACGAAGCUCAAAAUUGGAAAAUCCAACUAGAACACCUUCGAUAUCGGGAUAUUGUUCAAGUGGUAAUUUCAAAUGACUUAGGCAAUUUUAUCGACGCAUAUCGAAAUCUUACGUACAAACAUGUAAUGGGCUUAAAAUGGGCUUGGGAGAACUGCCCUCGAGCUCCUUGGCUUCUAAAGAUGGACGACGACAUUUUCGUGCAUCUAUUCAACCUCUACAAAAUGGUCAAGGAAGACAACCGCGAGAAGCUUAUAUGCUACGUGCAAAAACAGAUGCCGGUCACCCGGGACGAGGGCAGCAAAUGGAGGGUUACAAUACCCGAGUAUCCGUUGAUGUUCUACGAGGAUUAUUGCUCUGGCUGGGCAUAUUUAAUGACUCCUAAUAUUGCCCGGCGUCUCUACGUCGAAUCGCGUUACCGGCCCUAUUUCUGGGUGGAUGAUGUACAUGUCACAGGAACUCUGGCUAAGAUGGCGGGCGUACCCCGGGUAGCUAUCAAUUCGAAAUUUACCACGGUAGCCGAAUCCGCUAUAAUGUGGAGCAACGACGAUGGAAAUAAAGAGUGGAAGUACAUAUUCGGUCCAACAUGGGGUGAUCCUGAUCUGGCGGCUAAAGCCCACAGCAAGGCAGUGGAUUGCCAAAGAAGACAAUGUCGCUGUUGUUUCGAUAUUUUCACAAUCCACGUAGAAGAGACUCGUGAAACACUGAAUUCGCCAAGGAAAGGUCGUGCUCAAGUCGUUACUGUAAAUUGACGACAUCUGCUAACGGAAUGACUAUAAGAGUCUUCUUUAUUCACAGAAAUGAUAUGUGAAUUAUUGAAUAAAUCUGAAGCGGCGUUUUCCCGACGGGAUAAUUAGUCAAGGCAGCGAUCUAUCCCCAAGAAAACAUUACCCCAUACGAGUCGAACACUUCUGAGUUUUGCGCCUGUUAUUAUUUUAAAAAAAACUAUCAUCGGUUCAGGCAAUCCAAUUAUGAGAGAAAAUAUAUACAGCAACCCACUCGUUUGUUUCGAUCCUAUGCAGACUGUAAGCUUGUAAAUAUGUAAACUAAAAAAUGUGCAAAUAAUAUGAAACCGUCAAUAAUUGUAAAGCAAAGAGAGUGUUCAUU